UGCUUUGCGACAUUUGACAAAACCAUUGACGACAGUAUCAUGGCGGCGCACGGAGUGAGUUUUGAGAGUUCAAGCAGCAUCGAUAAAAGAAAGGAAAGUAAACGACAGGCCCGACAAGAGGUGCUAGAAAAGGCAAAGCAACAGUAUGACAGAGAAGAGAAGAGGAAGGAGCUGAAGAGGCAGAGAGGAGAGGACACCUGGAUGCUCCCUGAGAUCAACCAGAGGCUGCAGCAGAUAGAGGACGAGGGAUCUUUGAAGACGAAGAAGAAGAAAGAGAAGAAAUCUAAAAAGAAAAAGGAGAAGAAGAAGAAGGCCAAGAAGGAGAAGAAGACAGCUGAAGCCGGAGAUGGCUCUAGUGACAGCUCAGAGGGCUCAGAGGAUGAAUGGAUUGAGGCUCAGGCUCAGCCUAAGACACAAGCUGCUAAACCCUGGCAGGUUUCUGAUGAGUCCAAGCCUUCAGAGAGCAACCUCAGCCCAGCCCAGAAUGUCCAGAGAGAUGAAUGGAUGAACUUUGACUUCCUGGCAAUGAAGACCUCGUCCACGACAGAGAGGAGGGCUGAGAAAGAACGACAGAAAGAGGAGGAGAGGGCAAAGGCUCAGGCCAUUGAACAGGCUGGUUUACACAAACUGGAGCUAAACCCGUACUGGAAGGAUGGAGGAAGUGGUCUGCCCCCAGAGGAGAGGACUAGUACUGCAGCAAAGAAAGGCCCAGUAGUUAAUGAUGGAGGUCUGAGCUGGCUGAGGAAGAGCUACCAGAGGAUGAAGGAGCAGGCAGAGAGGGAGCAGCGCAGCCUCAAUGAUGUGGUCUCUGAGAGAUACGGAUCGAUGGAAGAAUUUCAGCAGAGACUUGCCGAAGCAGAGAAAGCUGUGUAUGGACAGGGGAGAGGAGACAGAGAAGGAGGCGGCCCAUCAAGAGGCGGUUGGAGGAAAGGAGAGAAUGACACCAGUGAGAGAUGGAGGAGAAAAGAGGGAGAUGGUGAAGAUGGAGGUCGGUGGAGAAAAAAUGAAAGAGAAAGAGACUCAUCACCCCGAGACAGAGAGAGAUACCAUGCUGAAAGAGGAGAGGAGAGGGGAGGGCAUCGAGGGGGAAAGGGGGAGAGAGGUCGAGAUGGAGACAGGUAUAGAGAGAAGGACAGGGAUCGAGACAGAGAAAGAAACAGGGGAAGAGAUGGAGACAGGGAAAGGGAUGGAAGAAGAGACAGAGAGAGGGACAGAGAUAGAGAAAGAAAUAGAGAAAGAGAUCGGCCCAGCGCUGCAUCAUCAUCAUUAUCAUCAUCAUCAUCAUCUGGGGAAAGUUGGAGUCAACAUUCCCUCUCUCUUGGGUCACUAAAAGGCCGCUUCCUCAAACCCUCAGAAGAUGAUGACAGUGGUGAAGCUGCAGAGCGCCCUCCACCUCGGCCCUCCACAAGAUUUCUGAAACCCAGCUCUGAUGAUGAAGACUCUGGUCCACAUAACACCAGUGUUCCAACCAGGAUGAAGAGCAGCAAUCCUGCCCAGGAAUCUGACAGCUUGGAAAAACCACAGCAGGAGAAAGAGAGGGAUCUUGGGAAAACUGUAACUGCUGCUCAAGAUGCUCCACGUGGAGACAAAGCUGCUGUGACGACAUCAAGGAGUGAGAGUGAAAGUGAAGAAGAGGAGGAGGAGGAAGAGGAGGUCCCUCUGCUGUCAGAGGAGGAGAUGAACAGACUGGGAAGCGAGUUGGUGAAGGCAGAGAUCAGAGGCAAAACAGCCUUGGUUGAGAGGCUGAGAUCACAGCUGGACGCAGCACGGAAAGCCAAAGAGAACUUCGCUGCCAGAAAAAAGCUACAAGAAGCAGCUAAUUCAAACCAGGUCCCGGGUCGCUCCACUGAAGACAGGGAGGUCCUGCUAUUUAGAACAGAUCACUCAGGUCGGGCCUGGCCAGUCAAGGCCUCCUCUGGACCUCAGGAGCCCCAUGGAGGACGACGGAAAAAGAAACGGAUUGAGACCCAUGUUGAGGGGCAGCGUGUGCGCUAUUUCCAAGAUGAUGACAAUGUUGGUCUGCAGGAAAUGGUGAGGAGGGAGAAGAUGAGCUCUGCCCAGGAUCAGAAUGCCCUCUAUUCUCGCAUGGCUGCCAAGAUGAUGGGGAAGACAGACGGCGACAACUACACGCUGGAUGACAUGUUUGUGUCGAGUGCAGCGCAGCGGGAGGGUGAGGGGAGGGAGGAGGAGAGGAUGAGGAACAGAGCCAUCGGGGAGAGUAGGAGGCUGGCUGCCUCUAUGGAGAAAUGCCAGCACUGCUUCAGCAGCCAAGAGCUCCAGAAGCACCUUGUAGUGGCAUUAGGGAGCAAGGUGUACCUGAGCCUGCCUGCGGGAGUGUCGAUGACAGAGGGCCACUGUCUCAUUUGUCCUCUCCAGCAUCACUGCUCUGCCACCGGACUGGACGAGGAUGUCUGGUCAGAAAUGCAGCUGUUCCGGCGUGCUUUGGUGCGCAUGUUUGAAUCCCAGGAGCUGGAUUGUGUGUUCAUGGAAACACAUAUGAACCCACGCAGAAGACAACACAUGGUCCUAGAGUGUAUCCCAUUGCCCCGAGAGCUGGGCGAUAUGGCACCCAUAUACUUUAAGAAAGCUAUCAUGGAGUGUGAUGAGGAAUGGGCCAUGAACAAGAAGAUUGUUGACCUCUCUUCAAAAGACAUCCGCCGAGCUGUUCCUCGAGGUCUGCCAUACUUUGCUGUAGACUUUGGACUCCAGGGAGGGUUUGCCCAUGUCAUUGAGAAUGAACAGAAGUUCCCCCAUUACUUUGGCAAGGAAGUGGUCGGUGGCAUGAUGGACUUGGAGCCGCGACGUUGGAGGAAGUUGAUCAGAGAGAACUUUGACGAUCAGAGGAAAAAAGUCUUGCAGUUCGCGAAAUGGUGGAAACCGUAUGACUGUACCAAGACUGAGGGCUAGCUGGACACACACUAGGGAAGACAACACACUCACUUACAUGCACACACUGUGCAGGAGUCACGUUUGGUCAGUCUGGUGAUGACACUGUUGCGCCUACAAAUUCAGUUUUUAUGUAAAAUUUAGAAGUUGUUAUUGUGAGAACAUUUUUACUUAAAUAAUAAAUAAAUAAUAAUAAUAAAAAUUUGA